CUCUCCUUCUCGCACGCAUACUCACACAAGCUUACACUCAGCUGUACACGUAGCCUGUUUUCGUUUUUUGUUUUUUUAUUUUCCAUUUCUUUAUUUGUGUGUUUUGUUUGUCACAUAAUUGUGCAAUAGCAGUACAUAUAACAACAUAGUAUGUUUGAGGAUCGCGACUAGACAAAUACAUAGGUGGAAAACGAAAACUAAGAACAUGAUCAACGGCUUAAGCGUCAGCGGUGGUCAGCAGGUGGCACAGGUGACGCCAACAGGUGCUGCAAUUAAAUUGCACUUUGCCUACAACAACACAAGCAACAUAAACAACAAAAACAACUACAGUGGCCUUAAAGCAGUGGAGCAAAAAAUGAGCAACAAUCAGAAAACGGGGGAAGUGCUGACAGUAAUCGAGACGAUUCGAGAAUCAAGUGGAGCAAUCGCAGCAACCGGUGCCAGCAAAGGAUUAGGGAGCUCGAUGGUACUUUCUCCAACAACAGGGUCAGAGACUUCAAGGGCUGGUUUUAUCCAGAGCCUUGGUGGUUCCAAGGGAUCUGCAACUCUUAAAAAAUUUUAUUCCGCUAUGAAAGCUGGACCUCCCCUAGAAUCAGGAACACCAAGGGCAAUUAGCAUUGCCCAAGGAACAGUCAGCUUAGUGGAUAGUGCACCUAGUGUAUCUCAAUUUUUUCAAAAUUCGACCACAGUGUCACCUUUGCUUGGAGUUUGCAUUGGUUCUGGAGUUUUAAGACAGGCCUACAAAAAAGCAGAACCUGGAACUUCAAUUCGAUCUGCUCCCAUGGUUUCCGCAGCUACAAGGCCGAUUAUAGGAGCACCAGGUGGUGUUGCUGCGGCAAAGGGAGCUUCCAAAAUAGGGGCUAGCGGACUGCGCUGGCUACCCAUGCCAAGAACCAAAGAGAAGCCAUCAAAUACAGGAGAAGCCGAUACAACAACUUCAGUCAGAGAAGCUGAAACACCUGUAUCGCCAGCAGAAACAGCCAAAAGUGCCUUAGUUAACCCUCAGCCGCAGCGCACUGAGGACCAAGAAAAUGCCUUUCGACGCAUCGAGGAUGUGCACAACUAUGCGAAGCUGCAGUAUUACAGCAGCGACACUGAAGACGAUGACGACGAAGAGGAGAUAGAACUCGACGAAGAGGAGGAAGACGAGGAGGGGAUCCAGGUGCAGUUGCCAGUGCAGCAGGAGGUAACACGGAUUCGACGCGAGGCCGCCGAAGAGCAUGUAGACGUGGACGUAGUCACAGUGCCGCAGCAGGAACAGGAUAAAGAUCGACAGCAAGUACAACCGCAGCAGAAUCAGCAGGAUCAGCCAACGGAUAACAUACGACCGGAGCACCAUGCCCGCCGCCCCAUGAAUGCGUUCCUCAUAUUCUGCAAGCGACACCGCGGCAUUGUCAAGGAGCGCUAUAAGACCCUGGAGAACCGUGCCAUCACCAAGAUAUUGGGCGACUGGUGGGCAGCACUAGACGAGCAGGAGAAGCACUGUUUUACGGACCUAGCGCAGCAGAACAAGGACGCCUUCUUCAAUGCCAACCCAAACUUUAAGUGGUACAAACUACCGGCUCCGCCUCUGCGAACGCUGGCUACGCGUCCCAGCAACGCGGCUACUGGCCAGGUCAUACCCAGCGAGGAUCAGCCCCAACAAAUGCCGUCUCCAUUGCAACUGCAGUGGGCAGAGCGCGGAGAGAUGCCGCGUGCUCUUUUGCGCCGCAAUUUCUUUAAGCUGGCGGACGAAACACAGAUGGGCGAGCUAAGCUCGCUACUGCAAGUCCAAGUACAGGAGAAAGAUUAUGCGCUGCAGCAGGUGCUUAGCGAAACUAGCCAGUUUCUAUCCGCCCACAUGCCAACAGGCAAUCAGGUUGGGAAUGCCAAUAAGCGGUCCUUGCCAGACAGCAACUCGAGCAACUCCAGCGAGGAGGAGGCGGCAAUAAGUGGUUCGUCCAGUAAGAAGGCCAAAUCAUCGCGCUCCUGUAAGGGCAAGAUAUACCAGGAGCUAGUCAACUCCGGUCAACUUGCAGCCAUAGCUAAGAAGAGUAAGGCUCGUUCGCCACCGGCAGGAAAUAUAAGUGGAAACUUUGGAGACAUCCCCUUGAAUCCGGGACCCAAUACGCCGCCCGUUUCGCCGCCGGAACGCCAGGAUAGUUGUCCGGACUCCAUGCAAAAGCAUAUCAGGAGCGUUUCUGAGUCGAGUAGCAGUGGCUUUUUCGAUCUUGAGGAGAAGAUCAAGGAGUUGCCGGCGCUCAGUUUGGAUGCUUACCUGCAACGGAAGCGUAGCACCAAAAAGAAGAAGAAGUUUAGUGGCAGCAAGAAACAGAGAAACUCGAACAGCACCAGCGGAUCGGUAGCUUCCACUACAGUAUCAGCAGCUGCUACGGCAAAAGGAGCAUGCAUUGCCGCCAGUGAGCACCUAGUGAGGAUUAAGCAGCAGCAACAGCAACUACAGGCCGUGGGCAGCCAAAGACGCAAGGCACGCAAAGAAAGCAUCACGCGGCGCGACGUCAGCGCCAUCGAACAGGAAGUAGCCUCCAUUCUGCCUCUGACCAUCAAUGGCAGCUACUACUUCAAUCCAAGUGAGACGCCCAAAGCGGUUAAUGCUUCUGCAACCUCGUCGUCGGCGUCGCCACCGCUGUCUUCGAACUCCUCGUCGUCGUCCUCGUCGCUAUCCUCGCAGGCGGCCUUCGACGUGACCUCCUCUACCUCAGAUCUACUCAUUCUGGCCGAAGUGGCCGCCAACCGCACUGAACUGACCAAGUCCAACUAGCGCCAGUAGCACCACCAACACCAUUAUCACCAUUGGUCGUUUAGCAUUACCACCAAAUAGUUAGCCCAAAUCCAAUCCACAAACUGCAAGAUUGUCGUUACUUGAAAGAUUUACUUAUAAUUGUGUUAAAAAUUCCAAAUAUUCUCUUUUUAAUUUUUAUUUAUUUGUUGAUGAAGAGGAAUUGCGUGCCCUGAAAAGUGAAUCAUAAAUUUUCACAUCAGAGAAGAAAAAUCCACGCUAUAUUCCAUUUAAAACUGUAAACCUUUUAUAUGGGUUUUUAUAUGAUUUUCGAGUUAAUAUCGCAGACUUAUCGAAAUAUUCACUUUCUUAACUUUUUAAAAUGAUGUACAUUAUUACACAACUUCAAAUGAAAUAUUCAUCUGGAAACCUUAAAAUAUUUAUCUAAAACCAAAAUCCAAAAUAGUUAAGUUUAUGAUGAUCUGGCAGUUAAGUUAGGCACCCCUCUUCGAUACUUACAAUGCUUGAAGCUAUUUGCUGGUGGUGCCACAUGGAUAUGGAAAAACAGACAUUCGUUGAUCUACAAUUUAGUCAAUAAUAUUAUGUAAAAACAGAAAAGCGAGCCAGCAGAAGAGAAUAUGAGAGGAGAGUCGCGACGGUAGCGAAUUAUGUAUUGUUUGUUAUGUAUGAUGGCGGCAGGAGAAAGCCCGCAUCAGUUUCACACGCAUAUAUCUAUAUAUUUGGUAUUUAGAUAACUUGUUCUGUUUUUUUUUCUUGUUAAGUUUCUCCUUUUAUUGGGCCGUGUUCGUAUAAGCAGCAAAAACAACAAAAGCCGAACGCUCAUUAAAUGUUAAUUAUUAUUAUUUCUAAUAUGUAGUCGUAAUUUAUUGCUAUAUUUGUCAAAACGCAAACCAUUUGCAAACAAAAAUAUAUUCAUUUAAAAGUGA